UUCUCUAAAAUUUCGAACCCAGACCUCCUUCUCCAAGCUGACGGCUGACCUGCAUCGACUCCCGAUCUCCUUCUCCAAGCUGACCUGCGUCGACUCCCGACCUCAUUCUCCAACCUAAGCCUACUGGAGCCGCCUCCAACCUGACCCCGAGUCCCCGACCUCGCUCUCUGACCCCGAGUUCCCCUGCCUCGCUCUGACCCCGAGUCCCCGAUCUAGUUUUCCAGACCUCGAGCUUGAGCUCCGAUCUGACCUCGAGCUUAUUAGCCGACCUGAGCUUGUCAUUCUCCAACGUCUAGUCUCGUAGUCGGAGUUGGAUCCAUACUUACAGACAUGAAAGUCCUCGGAAUCGAUUUCAGCUGUGCUCUGGGGGCUCUUAGCAACGGCCAGUUUCCCGAGAAGGAUUGCUUGCUUGCCCUUAUUUCCACGCUCCUCGGCUACGCCAUCGUCGCCGCUUGCACCACCGUCAAACUCCCUCAGAUAUUAAAGAUUUUGGAACAUGGAAGUAUCAGAGGUCUUAGUAUCUUGUCUUUUGAGCUUGAACUAGUUGGUUACAUGAUUGCUUUGGCAUACUGUCUUCAUGGAGGGCUUCCCUUCUCAGCUUAUGGGGAACUGGCCUUUCUUUUGAUCCAAGCUCUAAUAUUAGUUGCCAUUAUGUACUAUUACUCCCAACCUGUGAGCAUCAAAAGAUGGAUGACGGCAUUACUAUAUUGUGGUAUAGCACCAACCAUAUUAGCAGGUCGAAUUGAUCCUGUUCUAUUUGAAGCUCUAUAUGCAUCACAACAUGCAAUUUUUCUCUUUGCCAAGAUCCCGCAGAUAUGGCAGAACUUUUCUAACAAAAGUACAGGGGAGCUCAGCUUCUUAACGAACUGUAUGAACUUUGGAGGUUCUAUGGUGAGAGUUUUCACCAGCAUCCAAGAACAAGUCCAAAAAGUGUGCAUCUGUACAUGUAGAUUUCAAAUAGGUUUUGGCGUUUUGUUGGGCUCUGUACUUGGUGUGGCAACAAAUGCCAUCCUCCUGAGUCAGAUACUUAUAUACCAAAAGCCAAAAUCUCGUGCUGAGAAGGAGAAGAAAACGGAGUAGAAGAAUGAUGCCUCCAGAUAUAAAGAGCUUUGCUUCAGUAGGAUUCAACAGUUGCAGCAAGAUUGGCUGUGAGAGGUGUUACGACUGCAGCCAUACUUGGAGUUCUGUAUACCGUUGCCGGCAAAUUCCAACCGCUGCCUCAAGAUAUUUAUCGCUAUGAUUGUAUUAGCUUGUACUGUUGCAGAUUGGAGGGAACCUUUCAGUCUACCGAGAGGGUGGCUUUUGUGGGCUGGGAUUGGUCUUGUUGGUGCUGUAGUUGCUGUGGCAUUGACAGGGGCUGCCACGUCCUUUUUCAGUGGGCAAACCCCAGAAAGAGAGGUUUGGAGUUCAUCUGAUAAUUUCUUUUUUCAUUAUAAAGUGCAGUGCACUCAAUUCCUUAUUCGCUCAUGAAAGUGAAUUGUCACUGAGUUGAAGGGAGAAGAUAUUCUGAAGUAAUUUCAAUGUAUAAGAGAUCCUGGAUGUAAUGAAAACUAACAUUGCAACUCAUCAUAUCUGCCAUAAAAAGGAAAAAAGUGCGGUAUGCAAGCAAUUGGUAGUUGGUUUUAGUGUGGUGAAUGAUCUGUUCAGCUUUUUGUCUCUUUAUUUACAUCCUGAUUCUGUUAAGCAAAGUCUUGAUUGAUCAGGCAUCUGUUUUUGUGCUAUGCUUGUACUUAUAUGAUGUUUUAGUUUGGGUUUGCCAAUUGAGAGAUUAAUUUCUACAUUGUUAUUUAUGAGACUAACAGAAACUGUCAUCUUGUGGCUUUCCGAAGAUCAAAGCUUUUGGGAUGAUAUUGAGGAUGGGCCAAGGCCUUUGGGUCCUUUUGGCUUACAACAGUGGGCGGUAAAGGAUCGGAAAUGGUAUACCCAACAACAACUUGACGAGGUCCGCAUUGAAGUAGCCGACUACUUACAGACUCUGCUGUAGGUUCUGACCAGUUUCUUGAUUUUGAGUUAGGCUAGCUUUCAAUUAACUUUUUUGUAGCAAUUAUGAACAAACAUGAAUACUAAUUGCUAGGCUAGCCUUGUAGUAUAUAGGUGCAUGAAUUGGGGUUUUAUUUUGCCCAUUUUGUAAACUAUUAAGGAUGAUGAAUGUCAGAUAUAAUACCCCAAUUUGCAAUUUAUAAUCACAGUUCUAUUUUGUGGACA